AUGUCGUCGCCGCCGCCGAAACCGGCGGUCUUCUUCGAGCGGGAGCUGCCCCGGCGGGACGGCUCCGGGAUCCUCCGGCUGACGCAGCGUUCGGCCGGCGGGACGGGCUCGGUGGUGUGGGACGCCGCACUGGUGCUGGCCCGCUUCCUGGAGAAGAGCGCGGCGCAAACAGGGCAAGGCACAGAGCGGCGCGGCGGGACUCCGGUGGCUUUUCUCCGCCAGAAGGCCGUGCUCGAAUUGGGCGCUGGCACCGGCCUCGUGGGCCUCGUGGCCGCCAGCCUCGGAGCAAAUGUUACUGUUACUGAUUUGGAGGAAAUUCAGGAUUUAUUAAAAGUGAACAUUGAGAAUAAUCAACAUCUUGUAUCAGGUUCCAUUCAAGCCAAGGUACUGAAAUGGGGGGAGGAUGUAACAGACUUUCUUCCUGCACCUGAUUUCAUAUUGAUGGCAGACUGCAUCUACUAUGACGAGUCACUGGAACCAUUGGUUAAAACUCUGAGGGACUUGGCUGGCUUGGAUACUUUCAUCCUUUGCUGUUAUGAAGAAAGGACUGUGGGACAAAACCCAGAAGUAGAGAAGAGAUACUUUGAGCUUCUUCAGAGGGACUUUGAAUUGCAAAAGGUUCCCUUGGAUGAACAUGAUGAAGAAUAUCGGAGUGAAGACAUUCAUAUCUUUAUCAUGCAAAAGAAAAAAAUGGUAAGUGUUAGCCUUACUGGUUCUGGAAAUGAGUUAAACAUGUGUUCUAGAUAACCAACCCAUUUUCUUUCCUUGCAAACCAAUUGAAUAAAAAUGACUUGAGACUCUGACUAAGUUUCAGAGUUGUCUACUUCAAAUCAGAUCCAUCUUUAUUCCAGUUAUAGAUCAGCAUAAAUUUGAAACUCUAUCUCUUUUUUUUUAACCUGACUCUGAGUGGUUUAAAAAUUGUUAUAAAUAAGAAAACACCACAAAACAAAAAAGAAUAAAGAUGCACCGA